CAGAAAGAUUUUAAAUGACAGGAAAGUAAGUGAACCUGCAAGAGCAAAACUAGAUAGUAUUCACAACUACCUGAAGAAAAAGUCGAUGACAAGCGAUGGAAAGAUGAGAAAAACAAGGAUUUUUGAAAAGGUGCUGUUCCAAGAAAAGAGAACUCUCCUGGUGUUGCAUUUCUACACUUCUGUUUUCCCAAUAUUAAAGGAGUAUGUUAUGAUGUUCCAAACAAAACAGCCCAUGGUCCAUCGGCUUUAUGACUAACAGCUGGAAUUAUUCAAGGUUUUCAUAACGUACUUCCUGAAGCCAGAGGCUUUUACAAGAAGAUCUGGAAAGCAGAUGAAAACUGUUGAGAUUGAGGACAAAAAUUUUCUCACCAAAGAAGAUAUGUUUUUGGGUGGAAAAACAAGAAAGUUGGUCUUAUCAAUGCCAAAGAAAGACUCUAUCACUGAAAUGUUUUUGGAAAAAGUGGUAUCUGGCUACAAAAGCUGUGGCAUAUAUCUACAGAACAAAUUACCACUAGACAAUAAAGUACUUAGGAGUUUGAGUGCAUUAGACCCAGAUGCAAGACAACAUAGCUCUUUCCUAAAAGCUCUGAAAACUCUUGGAGGUAUAAUUCCAGCUAGACUCACAGAGGAAGAAGAGGACUGCAUAGAAGCAGAAAUACACAGAUUUCAAGCUGAUGACUGUCUGCCUCAAGAAACAGAAAGAGUGGAUUCCUGGUGGGGGAUUAUAAAGAAAUCUGGCCAGUAUCCUGCCUUAUCAAAAGUGGCCAUAGCUGCCUGCACCAUCUUCCAUGGACCCAUGGUGGAAUCCUCUUUUAACACAAUGGGAGAUAUAAUGGAUCCAAAAUCUUCCAACAUGGCAGUUGAGACAUAUAAUUCAAUUCAAACUGUCAAAUACUUCAUUAAAUCAAGAGAAACAACAGCAACAAAAUUAUACAGGAGAGAUGAUUUUCUUUACAGUCCAAUUGAUAGACAGCUGACAAGAAAUAUUAUGAAAUCAAGCUGUACUUACAGGGAGAGGCUGAAGAAAAGAAAUCAUGAUGAAAUGGAAAGAAUUAAUAAAUUACAAGUGAAGAACACAAGUGAAUUGGACUCAAAGAAAAAAGCUAAGCUAACACUUCAAGCUGAGGCAGAGAAAGAUCUUCAAGCUCAUGUCAAACAGCAAGCAAAACAAUGA